AUGGGGCAUGGCACAAUAUCGCCGUCAUCUCUGCAACAACUGACAGGAGUGGGUGACACCAGUGGUGGUAGCGGUCAUCCGGAGCUUUCAGGUGCACAUUAUCUGAGAGGCGACUGGUCUGCUGGAUCCAUUUAUGAAGGCCCCAACUCCACUAAUUACACGGUUUCUGUAGGAGAUCACAGACGUAUGAGUCCAGAUCGCAAUCCAGGAGCUCCUAUUGGCCUCUCAGCUCAUCAAUUGGGUUCGGACUUUUUUGCGGGAGAAGCCCGAGAAUGUGUCAACUGUGGCGCUAUAUCUACGCCACUGUGGCGCAGGGAUGGCACCGGACACUACUUGUGUAAUGCUUGUGGCCUAUACUCGAAGAUGAAUGGUAUGCAUAGACCACCGAUCCGUCCACACAAGAAGAUGCCCAACAAUAGGAGGGCAGGUCUAACCUGUUCUAAUUGUCACACAUCCACCACCACUCUAUGGAGACGUAAUAACCAAGGUGAACCGGUUUGCAAUGCUUGUGGUCUCUAUUAUAAAUUGCACGGAGUGAACCGACCACUGGCUAUGAAAAAGGAAGGCAUUCAGACUCGUAAACGUAAGCCAAAGGCUGCGACACCACAGGAGUCAUCGUCUCAAUCGCUUAAUAAACCACAACAAAAAAAGCCAUUGUUGAGUACAAGUGGUUCAAUGCUGUAUUCAGCCCAAUCGUCCACGUCGUCCAUGAGUCGUAAUGAACAUGAUUUAACUCCAGGCCACGACUCGUCGCCUUCAAGACCAAUAUCAUCACCGAUAACACCAUCGAGUGCUACCCUAACUCGACAUCUUCAUGGACUUAUGCCUUUGGAUGGCUAUCAAUAUAGUACUAACAAUCAGUUUAACUCCGGCGCUAAUACUAUCAAUAUUAGUCAUUCGAGUGCCUCAAUGGCAAGCGUUGGUCAUCACUCCACUGUUUCACAAGUUCUUCAUUCAAAUGCCAUUCACUCCAGUGUUAUUCAUGAGCCAAAUGUGGCCAAACUUUUGGUUCAUUCGGCAAAAUCUGGACAAACAUCUGAUAACGGAUUGCAUUCCGGGGCUGACGAACACACCAGUCGUCACAACACCACAACUACAACCAAUUGACUCUCACAUCAUCACCACUUCAAACAAUACCAGUGAUCUAUCA